AUGUUAGCAUGUAUCAAACCUAUCCUUGUCUGUGGAUUUCAGAAAAGUGCAUUUCAUAAAGAAAGCAAGAAAACCUAUGUCCCUAAAGAGAAGGCAUUAGACGUCCCCACUUACAUCUUGAAGCACAUGAUGAAUGGUCAGGUUUGGCCAGAGGGCAACGCAGAGUUCCACCAGUGGCUGAAUGUACCAACACUGCUCAUAUUUGGACAGGAUGACCAACUGGUCAGUCUGGAGGAGGAGAUUGAAAUGAAUAUGGUUAUCUAUGGAUCAAAACUAGAGGUGAUAGAGAAUGCCAGUCACAUGGUGAUGAUGGAAAAACCUGAUGAGGUCAGUCAGUUGAUUUAUGACUUUCUGCUCCAAGGCCGGGCAGUCGUCAGGUCAGCAAUUGGGCCAGAGGUCAGAUCUGAAUCCAGAAGCAAGAGAACAUUGUCUGCCAGUUCUGUUAGGAGCUUUCCUGGACAUUUACUGAAUGCAAAGAUUGUAUAACAGAAGUUUGCUUCACAUUUCAGACAUGAGCUUUUUCCACAGAAAAGCGGAAUUCCAUGUUUUUUAAUUCAAUUCUGAUGGUUCCUCAGAUUUGUCAUGGUUAGUUGUUGGGUCCCAUUAUAAAUGUUCAGCGUUUUUUGAAACCUAGGCUCAUGUCUGAUAUUUGUCAUGCUAGAUGUGAUGCUCAAACAUUGUGGAAUAAAUCAUAUUUUAUAUUUGAUAAUUUAGAAAUAUUUUCCUUGAUGGGGACAGCAGGACUGUGCUCCAAUAAGAAUAUUUUACAAACAACCAGAGGACCAAGAUUUAAGUGUGGUUAAAGUACAGAAUUAUCUCUAGUUGUUUCAAACAAGAGCAUGUUUUUCUUUGAAGAGAAUGAAGAAUAUUUCUGACUUAUUUUAAUCAAGUGUUAUGUGAAACAGAAUCUCAUCAUUUACAUUUUCUGAAAUAAUAACCAUGUGUAAAGAUGUCAAAAACCUUUUUAUCUAUAUUCUUGAGUAAAAAAAGUUUUUGGACCUAUUAAAUUUGUUUUUACAGUUGAAUUGCACAUACUCAAAUAUUUCUAUUUUAAAAUCCAAUGCUUCAUUCACCAUUUUAUGAGAGUAAGUGUUUGCAGGAAGUGUAGUGGAAAACCCUUGUCUACUUAAAUUGAUUACAUAUUGAAAGUAUGUUUGUGUUAUUGUAAAACUGUUUACUUAAAGCAUCAAGCUUUACAAACAAUGAUUAUUUUAAGAUCUUUCAUAUUUAUAUUGUUAAACAGACAAUCAAAUUCAAUACUUGCAGUCAGAAUAUUAUGCAGAAAUUUUAGACAUUUAUUUUUUGUAGUUCAUUGUUGAAUGAUGUUCAGUUAUAAGAAGGAAUUUGUUGAAUAAUUAGUAUUUAUAUUAGUAUUUAAUCAGAGUAAAAAGAUAUCAGUUAGUAGACUUAUCUUGUUAUAUACACAGUAACAGCUGGUAACUAAGUUAUAGCAUGUACUUUCAAUUUACAUAUAUGGUGAAAAAGGGACCACGGUUGUUCCAAUUUUUUUUUUCAAAUAAAAUAUAUAAUUUUAUACCUCCA